AUGUCGAUAGCAUCGUAUUUCCUUCAAUCCAUAUUUCAUCCUACUGAAAUUACAGCUCUUGUCCAAUUUAAAUAUUUUAAACCUAAACAUAUACUGGAAUUUAACCCGGAAAAUAAACAAAAGAUACGGUGUUAUGAAUUUCUGGAUAAAACUUCACGUUCUUUUGCUGCUGUAAUUAAAGAAUUGGACGAUGAUGUGAGAGAUGCUGUUUGCAUUUUUUAUCUCGUUCUUCGUGGCCUUGAUACCAUCGAAGAUGAUAUGUCAAUCCCUAUUGAGAAGAAAGAAACUUUAUUAAGAUCUUUUCAUAAAAUUAUCUCUCAAAAAGGAUGGACUUUUACAGAAAAUGGUCCUGAUGAGAAAGAUCGACAAUUACUUGUAGAGUUUGAUGUUAUAAUUGAUGAAUUUUUGUCAUUGAAAAAAGAGUUUCGUGACGUUAUCGCUGACAUAACGAAUAAAAUGGGAAAUGGUAUGGCUGAUUAUGCAAAAGAAGCCAUUCAUAAUGAUUCUUAUGGGAUUAUUACCAAUAAAGAUUUUGAUAAAUAUUGUUAUUAUGUUGCUGGUUUGGUUGGUAUUGGUCUUAACCGUUUAUUCGCUGAAAGUGGUCUGGAAAGUCCGGAACUCGCGAAUGAUACAGAUUUGUCAGUUCAUAUGGGCUUGUUUUUACAAAAAACGAAUAUAAUCCGUGAUUAUUUAGAAGAUCUUCUUGAUGGACGUAAAUUUUGGCCAAAAGAAAUUUGGUCAAAUUAUGUUGAAGAUUUAUCUGAUCUGAAAGAAUCUGGUUAUGAAACUAAGGCUCUUGAUUGUCUUACAUCCAUUAUUCUUAAUACUCUUCAUCAUGCUCCUGAAUGUUUAAAUUAUAUGAGUAAACUUAAAAAUAAAUCCGUUUUUAGUUUUUGUGCCAUCCCACAAGUAAUGGCAAUUGCAACUUUAGCUUUAAUGUUUAGAAAUUAUGAUACAUAUCAAAAAGUUGUUAAAAUUAGAAGAGGCGAAUCUAUUAAAUUAAUGUUAAGAUGCACGAGCAUUUAUGAAGUUGCAAAUAUCUUCCGUGAAUAUACUAGAGUAAUCAUCCGUAAAAAUGAUCCUAGGGAUCCUAAUUUUAUGAAAAUUAGUGUUGCUUGUGGAAAGAUUGAACAAUGGUGUGCAGUCAAUCUUCAAGCUACAGACGUUUAUAAUUUACCAUAUCCCUCAAUCGUUAAAAGAGAUUCACUUAAUCAAGAAAGUGACUUAUUAUUAUUUGUUGGGUUUGGUUUAUUAGCAUUCACGGCAUAUUUAUUAUAUUAUUAUAACUGGGAACAUUUUCAUCAUAAUGGAUUAGAAGUAUUUGAUAUUUUUGAUGCUUAG